AGACAGCCGUGCAUCCAAGAUGGAUUUGCGCUACCGCAUCACGUGGAGGUUUGUUGAAGAUCCGCGGCGGCGAGUCGGACCACAGAGGCGUGGUGGCGCAAGUGCACGACAGAGGUUCAAGUCUAAGUCUGAUGGCCCAGAGGCAAAGCCGGACAAGCAGAGCGCAUGAUCAGAAUCAACAACCUGUUACACACACCCGAACAACCUGCAGACAUGAUAAAGGUGCUAAGGAUAGUUACGUACUGAAUGAGGAUGAGUUGAAUUCAGAACAAAAGAGAGAAUUGAGAAAGUUCUUAAGGCUGCUGCUAACCUGUUAUUUACAACAGGGAAUGGAUUAUAUCAUACUGAAGAUCUUGCCGUGGUGGUUAUUUCAUAUCCAAAUUUUGUUCAGUAUUUCCAUCUAUGUGGUAACCAGUGUGACUUGUGGGUCUGAUGAGCUAUUUCAAAUGCACAUAGUAAAAAAAAAUUGCCACUUCGAUACUUGGAAGAUUUCAAUAUGCCCUACAACGUCUUUUGCCACUUCGAUAUGGGUAUUUUUUUUUUGUAUUUGCAGGUCCGAUACAUCAGCUUGGCUUGCUAUUGCUGGAUAUCAUCUAUGGAGAUUUUACGCAAAUAUUAGAACGGAUAAAUAGGACUUGUAGAUUAUCAUGUUUUGAUGCAAGAUUGUAAUUGUCUACUCCCUACAUAGCACUAGGUAGAAUGUCAUAUUUUGAUGAUAGAUUGUAAAUUGUCUUUUCUUCAGAUAAUUUUCUUUUAUGAGGUGAUGAUUCCAAUAUAAAUAUUGAUUUUUUUUCUCA